GGCAGCACCACCAUCAUCUAUCUUUUGACAUCCAACUCCUCAUCAGCUCAAAACCCUCGUUCAUCGUUGUCCAUCGAUCCCAGAGAUAGGAGCACAAAAUAUUUCCAAGCAUCACAAAAAUGUUGUAUCGAAUCCCUUCUCUUCUAGCCAGCAUUCUCUUGUGUGGGGUAUCUCUUAUUGGUACAGCUCCCCGUGUUGCCAACGCCUUUAUGAUGGCUCCCAGGCAAUGUGUCUCCAACAUCCAGAACACCCCUGCAAGCAACAAGCCCAUGUCUUUCAAAAAAGCGCAAUCGAGCAAACUCUUGGCGACGUCUUCCAACACUAACGAGGAGCAGCGAUCGGUGUGGACCAUUGCCAAUUUCUUCUUUUUCAAUGACGUCGUCUUGGUCAUCUACCACUCCAUUGGCGUGGCAUGGGACAACUUGGUUCCGUUUGGAGCUCUAUUGGGAGCCUUGGCUUUUUCAUUUGACAACAAUCUCUAUCAUCCCUACCCAACCUUACUACAAUCCACCGGAACGGCGGCUUGGUGGACGGCUCUGAUUGUGUCGGGGUUGGGUAUUUUGAAACUAUUUCUAUGGGAUAUUCGAACGUUUGACUCCAUGGCCAGCAGGGCACAAGAAUUGCAAAUCGACUAUUCCAAGCGGGUCAUGGAUCAAAGUGUCUACAUUGGUUGUGGAAUCGCGGCACUGGUGCUUUGCGUGGCAGGAGGACCCACGGCGCUGGGUCUAGCAUCGGGUGUCGAUGGCGUCUUGCAAGGAGUCAUGCUGGGAAGUUGUGCCGGCAGUGUGCUUGGAUGGUGUCGGCAGUAGUAAUAAUCUAAUACGUAUAUACUUUGACAACAACGAUCCUCCUCCAAGUUGGUAAAAACACUGCUAUACUGCAGUGGAGGCUACUUUGUUGUGAAAGCAGGUUCACCAGUAGAAUUAAUUUUAACAAUGGAAGCGUCUCUCUUCAUGAUUUCAAGCAAAGGCAACCGCUGAAUUGGACACGGAUACAGUGCAAUAAGUCGUAUAAAAAGUCAUGGCUAGCUUUACAUGGCUAGCCCGCUCUUAUCAUAAUUGCGGGUAUUGGUAGUAGCCAUUGCAUCAUCACAUGGGCUGGGCUAACACGG